AUGGCAAUCCCUUAUAAUAGCAGUCUCCAAAAAGCCACAUUCUUCCUGACGGGCUUUCACGGUCUGGAAGAUCUCCAUGGAUGGAUCUCCAUUCCUUUCUGCUCCAUCUACUUGACAGUGAUUGUAGGGAAUCUUACUAUCCUUCAUGUCAUCCGCACUGAUGCCACACUCCACGAGCCCAUGUACUAUUUUUUGGCUAUGUUGGCUCUCACAGACUUGGGACUUUGCCUUUCUACGCUGCCCACUGUCCUGGGCAUUUUCUGGUUUGAUGCGCGAGAGAUCGGCAUCCCUGCCUGCUUCACUCAGCUCUUUUUCAUCCAUACCUUGUCUCUGGUGGAAUCUUCAGUUCUAUUGUCCAUGUCCAUUGACCGCUAUGUGGCUAUCUGUAAUCCAUUGCGUUACUCAACCAUCUUGACGCCUGCACGCAUUGUCAAGAUGGGACUGAGUUCUUUGCUUAGAAGUGCGCUUCUUAUCCUUCCCCUGCCAUUUCUCCUUAAACGUUUUCACUACUGCCGCAGCCAUGUGCUGGCCCAUGCCUACUGUCUACACCUCGAGAUCAUGAAACUGGCCUGCUCCAGCAUCAUCGUCAACCACAUCUAUGGGCUCUUCGUGGUAGCCUGCACCGUGGGUGUUGACUCACUCCUCAUCUUUCUCUCCUAUGCCCUUAUACUGCGCACUGUACUGAGCAUCGCUUCCCGUCAGGAGAGGCUCCGGGCCCUCAACACCUGCGUCUCCCACAUCUGUGCGGUGCUGUUGUUCUACAUCCCCAUGAUUGGCUUGUCUCUUGUGCACCGCUUUGGAGAACAUUUGCCCCGCAUUGUACACCUCCUCAUGUCUUAUGUAUAUCUUUUGGUACCACCCCUCAUGAAUCCCAUUGUCUACAGCAUUAAGACCAAGCAGAUUCGACAGCGCAUUGCUAAGAAGUUUGAGUUUGUGAAAAUGCUGAAGUGUUUUCGACAAAAUUAA